CCCAAAGAAUCAACGGCAAAAUGGGUGAGGAAAUUAGCAACAAGCAAGUGAUACUCAGCAACUAUGUCAAAACAUCUGUGAACGAAUCCGAUAUGUCGCUGAGAACUUCCAAAAUUCAACUCAAAAUUCCCAGCGGUUGCGACGGCGCCGUUUUGGUGAAGAAUAUCUACUUAUCCAUCGAUCCUUUUAUUCUUGCCCUCAUGAAGAAUCAGGAGCUCGAUUUACCUUCUUUCAUGCUGGAUUCUCCUAUUUAUGGAUUUGGAGUGUCGAAAGUACUGGAUUCGUCUCAUCCAAAUUUCAAGACGGGCGAGCUAGUUUGGGGGUUUACUGGCUGGGAGGAGUAUAGCCUUAGUUAA